UCUCAUUAUCUCAUCGAAGUUCUAUUGGCUCAAUCAUGAUUACUGUGGGACCUUGGCUAGAUCUUCGCGUGGUCCGUGCACAAGGACACGAUUUAGCCGAUUGCGCGACUAGAUUGAUCGUACGUCGUUCAUUCCACUCUUUACAUGUGUAGACUCUGGGAUGGGAACGGCCUUAUUCACCUCACGCCCGCGAGUUAUAUCGCCGCACGGCCCUAUUCGCCUAACUGUCACAUGCUAAUUAGCUUUCAAGUUGAUACAAUCAUCUAUCAUGGGUUCCGUGACAACCACGACGGGCGUGUCAAGGAGUCUAUUGAAUUCCGGAAGUCGUCAUAUUCGUCUCACCAAGCAUGGUUUGAGCCGAAGUCUCGACCGAAACUUUACGACACUACGGGGAGUUCCAUUCAAGACUCAACUUCGAUGUAGCUUGCAUCCGUAUAACCUUCGCAAGCUUGACAGUAGUGGAUACGAUCUUGACCCUCGACCCAAGAAAUUGCUAGGAUCAGCGAAUAUUCCCUUUAAUAGUAAAAGAGGACUGACAACCCAGCAAACUUCGGAGGGUCAGCCAGAGGGCACAAAUAGCUCCAAAACCGAUGUGCCGCGCGCUGAGCUGUUGCAGGAUUGGGAACCGGUUAAUUCUAGCCCUAUUGGCCUCAUCGAUCCAGAUCGGCCGGUUCGGUAUUUAAAUCGCCACUAUUUACGCGAUGCUUGCGAAUGUAGCCAUUGUGUGAACCCGGACUCUGGCCAGAAGAAAUUCAGCACAUGCGACGUGCCUGUCGAACUCCCCAUUGAAAAAGUGACCAAGAUAGCGGAUGGUGGACUCGAAAUUGUUUGGAAAGAUGAUUUUCUGACCCGCGAUAACCACGUAUCUCAAUAUUCCUCAGACACUAUUGCAUAUAAAAGGAUCCCGAUCCCACGGCACAGACCAAAAUUAUGGGACAAGCGUAUGCUCAAGAAGGACCGCCUCACCCUCGACUACGACCAGUGGCUCGCUGGCAAAGACGAGUUUCUUUCUGGGUUACGGGUACUUCGUACUCAUGGGAUACUUUUCUUGCGCAACGUACCACCAUCCGAGGAGUCGGUAGUUUCUAUCGCAAAUCAAAUUGGCAAUCUGCAAGAGACGUUCUACGGCAGAACUUGGGAUGUACGUUCUAAACCGAACGCAGAAAAUAUAGCUUACACAAGCUCCUUCCUCGGAUUACAUCAGGAUUUGUUAUAUAUGCAGAGCCCGCCUCGUAUCCAGCUCCUACAUUGUCUAGAGAACACAUGCGAGGGCGGCGAAUCUCUGUUCACUGACGGUUUGAGAGCCGCUUGUUUAAUGAAACUCGGACCGGAGCGUCUAUACCGCUCUCUGUUAAAUAGAAGGCUAAAAUAUCAUUAUACUAAACACAGUCACCAUUACGAAUAUCAACGCCCCGUUAUAGAGGAAAAUCGUCACACCGGCUUCCAGGCCUUCUGGUCCCCGCCGUUUCAGGCCAGUGUACAGACUGUGUGUGGGAAGAGACAAGGCGGCUCAGUAUAUAAUACGUGGUUGGAGGCUGCGACCAGAUUUAGGCAGUUGUUAGAAGAUGACAUGUGGAUGUACGAGUAUAAAAUGCAGCCAGGGGAGUGCGUGCUCUUCGACAACUUACGCGUUCUCCACGGACGGAAGCAGUUCGAUACCGGCUCCGGAAGUAGAUGGUUAAAAGGAGCGUAUAUCGCGCAUGACGUGUUCAUAAGCAAGAUACGGGUACUAGCUCAACAACUUAAGACAUCGGACACUGAACACAAUAUCCAGACGCAGACCCAAAAUUUCGAUGCUCAUUACGAUAUAUGGGGGGAGGAAAGGGCGAAGGGGACGCUCAUUCAGUGGGGUCCGGUGGGUACCGGUGGGCAUAAGAGGGCACAAGGACACGAAAGGCCAAUGGAAGCACCAGGGAGCACCACUUUUAGCGAUAGCUCAUAAAGGGAGAUAAAAUAUCAGUUUUACAGAGGUUCGCAUUGUCGGCGAGGCCUGUUAAAUUUUACCACUAUGGACGCCUUAUUUCCUAU